AUGGCGACUACAGAACGCCGCCGUACCAUGGAUGAGACGGGGCGGGCAGGUGGAGCGGGAGGAGGUCUGUCACCUAAUUCGGCCAGUGAACUCUCCAGCCCUCCUCGAUCCAGUCCCGACGCAGGAUCGCCGUCGCAUCGCAUCCAGGAUGAGAAAUCCAACAACCACGCCAGCCAUAAGGUCAACAACGCCAGCAUCGCCGUCAACCCGCCGCAAGUGCAACCGCAAGUGCCACCGCAACCGCAGUCGCAGUCGCAACCGCAGUCGCAACCGCAACCGCAAGCUGGCGUCCUGGAAAACCCGGCUGACCAGAAACCGCCGCGCAAGAAGCCCGGCCGGAAGCCGGGAUCCACCAACAAGCCCAAAAAUAAUGACAGUUCAGCGACCAACACCGAUACGCAGGCGCCCAAGGUGAGGAAGCCGCGAAAACCCAAAGACCCGAAUGCGCCUCCGGUCCAGCGACGAAAGCGCAAUGCAGCUUCCGAUGGGGCGCAGCAGCAUUUGGACAUCGUCUUCGCGAGCGAGGUGGGACGGCAAUCGCCACACCCACUGCAGGAAGCCCCGCCCAAUUUCCAGGUUCCCGUACUCGCAUCCCAAAACGGUAAAAGUGAGGAUAUACCACGUCCGGCUCAGUCAUUCUUCAACGCUCCGGCCCCACACCCCUCAGCACAUCAACAACAACAACAACAACAACAACAACAACAGCCACAACAACAACAAUCACAACCACCAUCACAACAGCAACAGCAACAACCUCCACAGCCACAACAACCACCGCCUGCCCCGCAUCCCGUGCAACAUCAUACCAUGUUGCGCACCAGCAGCAGUGGUCAGAACUACGAUCCGAUUCGAUCAAAUUAUGACCCGGUGAGAGAGACCGUCGUUAGUCACCAUCCUUACAGCAUCAAUUCACAAGGCUCGCCCAAUCACCCACACGCAUUGAAUCGCGCCAGCGCAUCCCCAUCGAUUUCCAGCUUGGUCGACCCUCCUAACCAGUCUUUGACGUCGCCUUCCGUCGCCACUCAGUCAUUUUUCAACCAACAACAACAACAACAACAGCAGCAGCAAGCUCGGCUCCACCAGCAUGACUCAGCUUCGGGCCCGCCAUCUCCAACGGUAAAUCGACAGGCCCCUGCGGCGAACGUCGAACCAAAGAUCAGCCCAAACGCACAAGGGCCCGCUUCCUUUGUGAGCAGAAAGUCUGAUACAAUGGCACCGCAACAGGGUCCGUCGACAGUUUCCAGAAAAUCGGGUCCUUUGAGCACGACCAACUCAUCGGCUGCCGCCUCCCCCAAACCCCAGAAGCCCAAGAAGACUCCAGCGGCAUCAGCAAUCGAAGAAGUCUACCCAGCACCUCCACCACUUCCAGGAUCGGGCCUCAUGGGUAUCGGCGGCGGCGGUGCCGCAGAUGGCACCGAGUUUCGCGCCCCUACAGUCAUUCUGACCAUUCCCAUGAAUGGGGAGGUCAACAAGUACAUCAACUUCACGCGUCUGGCCGAGGAGCAAUACGGAUGGGACGCGCUUCACCCUCGAUUGGCUGCUCAACGCGACAGGUUGGCACGUGUCGCCGCCGCUGGUGCUGCCCUCGAGCGCCAGGGGUCCAACAAGGACAGCGGUGAUGAGAUGUCUCUGGACUCUGAAGGUGAGGGCGACGUGAGCAACGUCGAGAUGGGCGGUAUGAGCGAUGGACGGACUGGCACGGACGGAGGGAAGAAGGUCCCCAAGAAGAGAAAGAUGAAGGAAGAUGAAUACGAUAAGGAUGAUGGGUUCGUCGAUGAUACGGAGCUGCUUUGGGAAGAGCAUGCUGCGGCUACUAAUGAUGGCUUCUUCGUCUACUCUGGCCCACUGGUUCCGGAGGGAGACAACCCUGCGUUGGAGAUCAGCACGGCACCAAAGCGAGGACGCGGUCGCGGGAGCAGGGGUGGACGCGCCGCGGGAGGAGCUCGCGGCGCUGCUGCCAACAAACUGCUCGGCUCCAUCCCCCUCGGCCACAACGGUCUCCCAAUCCAUGGUCCUGGAUCUCGCGGUGGCUCUACGACACGGAAACCCCGGAUCACCAAAGCAGAUCGCGCACGCAUGGAGCAGGAGAAGCUCGAUAGAGAAAAGAUGGGAGGAAGCAUGGGCUCUAUGCCUGCGAAUUACGGAAACGUGCCUCACGUGGCGAGUGCGCCGAGCAACCUCGGGUCGACGCCUAUGGUUUUCAAUCAAUAG